CCGAAACAAUACCAACUGCCAUCUGUCGUCGCAAACUCAAUCGGCGGCGAAACCAGUACACACAUUGCUAAUCGGUCAGCCUGUCGCGGCUGUUGUUUCCUCAAUCCUAACCAUUCCCUUGCUUUCGCGCAUCCUCAGUAUUCGUCCUCCUCCCUAUAUAACAGACCUUCGCGCAGAAACGACAUCUCGUUCCAAACGAUGGUCUCCCAUCGGGACGAACCUUGACCUCAAUUAAAAACCCUCACGUGGGCAUCUUCGUCGCGCUGUCGCAGUCUUUACAUAACUCUAGAACAGAAACCGGUCCCGCACUUCUGACAGCAAGGGCACUUUUUUCAAAAGAAGGACUUUCAAUACUAUCUUGGCAGGGUAUGAGGAUGAGAUUGUUGAAUAUUGCGACUAUGCCAUGUUCGAAACUUGCCUGUUGACGAUUUCAAAUCACUUUUGCCACGCGGUUGGCUUGGACAACUAAGAGAACAUGGAUCCCUUGCAAGAGUCUCCGGCUCUGAGGAGACUUGAGCCGCAUUGGAACUAUGGCCUCAUUGCAGCCUCCAUUGCAGUGUCACUCCUGGGAGCCUUCACCUCUACCCAGAUGAUGUGUCAGGCACGAACGUCCCGGUACUUCAGUGGUGUACUAGUAUGGACACUUCUCGGCAGCCUGACGUUCGGAUUCUGUUCAAUAUGGAGUCUCCAUUUUAUCGCCAUGUUAGCAUGCGAAUUGGACGUGCGAAUAGGGCUGGACGUUCCUCUGACCAUCGUCAGCGCAGUCCUCGCAGUGUCAUUUACCUUCGCUGCAUUGUCAUUUGACCUUCUCCGAGAUCGAUACAUACAUCUUCUGAAGAAGAAGAAGCACAGAAGUACACGCAGGUCCAGGAGGGAAAUCCAGCACGAUGCUGGACUGGCGGAGAGUGAGGAGCGUCCCAGUACCGAGGCCCUUUUGCCUCCGCCAACAUCAGAAGACCAAGAGGCUUUUGAGUCUUUACACGAAGCCGAGGCCCUGGAAGAAAGAGGUCGGACACUACAAAGACUAUCUAGGACUGAUAGUGGGCUUGGACCGAUCGAAGAGCAUUUUGUUGGAAUCGAUACGACCGUGAGAGGGAAUGCUUUACAGCCAGACCUGGAACAGGCAUCACCUACGCCGUUUCACCAAUCUCCCAAACCGCGAGCCGAUAUUUAUUACAGGGACACGUCUGAGGGUGACACGGAAAGCCUUCCAAGAAGCUCCAUAGACGGUGACCGCUCGCGACGAUCCUCUACGACUCAUAGCUCCGAUAGCAGUGGCCUCAGCCUCCCGGCCUUCAUGAGCUUCAGGGUAUCUCAACUGUCUUCUUCAUCUGCUACCGGUCUAACCUCGAUUGCGAGACUUCUACUCCAUGGCGCAAAGCCUAAGAAGAUUUGCAAGGGGUUCGUAUGGUCACUAGCGAUCACGAGCAUGCAUUAUGUUGGAGUUCUGGCCAUGAAGAUCCCGGACGGUCAUUUUACAUUGAAUCCAUUCAUUGUCACUCUGUCAGCCUUGAUCAGUUGGCUCGUAUGUACGAUGGGUUGUAUUUUGAUCCCACAGAUUGAGAUCAACCUUUCACAGCAAUUAUUCUUCUCAUUUAUCGCCGCUUCAGGCGUGGCUGCAAUGCAUUUCACCGGCAUGUGGGCUACAACCUUCUGGUCACAGGCAGAUCCAAGUGCGGAUCGAGGCUAUCCAUCUGAUCUACCCGUCGCUGUUACUAGCAUCGCGAUUCUCACUUGUAUGCUUGCCAAUGGCCUCCUAGCUCAUUCCGCUACUAUUGCUCGCAACAAGUUGGCCGAGAUUGUUCAGACGAGAAAGAAGCUAUGGGCAGCCAUAGCACAAAAGGAGAAUGCAGAAGCUGCUGCAAGGGCACGCAGCGAGUUCAUUGCAUCGGCGUCUCAUGAAAUACGUACUCCUCUUCAUCAGCUACAGGGCUAUAGUGACCUGCUAUCUCGGACGGCGCUGAACGAAGAAUCGCGUCUCCUCCUUCUUGCAAUCCAGGAAGCCACCAGGUCAUUAUCGAUGAUCACGGCAAAUGUUCUUGAUUGGUCGCGACUAGAGAAAGGUGAAGCUGUCUCCCGACCCAUAAGCCUUGAUCUUCGAAAAGCUUGCGAGUCGAUCAUCAACAUCUUACCCAGUAAGGAUGACGAGACAGCCACAGAACUGAUGAUUGUGGUUGCCCCGAGGGUGCCACAAUCUGUGUUCCUAGAUGAAACAUAUUUACAACGCAUCCUCAUGAAUUUAUUGACCAAUGCACUCAAGUUUACGCAAUCCGGUUAUGUCAUCCUUUUCAUCGACUGCCUCGACGAUAAUCUGGUCAUAACAGUAAAGGAUUCUGGUUAUGGCAUUCCAGAAUCGUUCUUACCUCAUCUUUUUGAACCAUUCAAACAAGCCCAAACCCGUGGCGCCGAACGAGGUACUGGUCUCGGAUUGGCUAUUAUUAAACACCUCCUUGAGAAGAUAUCAGGAGCCAUUUCUGUUCAAAGUACUUGCAGCAAGAUUGACGGAGGGGAUUUGUCCCACUCUGGCAGUACGUUCAAAGUUACGAUCCCAACAUCGGGUUUAUUGGAUGUCGCAAACCCCCUGCCGGCCUUGGGGCAUAGGCGCCAACUAGCCGUAUAUCAGAAGCAGGGGAGCCGCUUGAGUGAAGGACUGAAGAUGGCAUGGACAGCAUAUGACAUCGAAUUAGUUCCAGCUGACCCCAGUGGCGAUAUAUCUGAUGACUGGGGUUAUAUUUGGGCGGAUCUGGACUAUAUCAAAGAUGCACCCGAGCUUUUGGGUCGACUGCUGCAACCUAGAAGCCAACUGGUCAUUUUACCAUACGGUUCCCAGUCUCUCCUCGAUAAGACCAUUGGCGUCGCCCCUCCCUCACACGUCAUUCCUGUCCGACGACCGCUGCUGUGGCAUCGGAUGGUUGAAACUAUUGUCUCUGUCAUACAAUCGGGAAGAUCAUCUGUGGACAGAUCUGUCAGAUUUGCUCCAAUGGUCGAUAUGGUCGAAAAUGCUCAUCUGAGUUCUGCGACAGAACAAAGGGCACUCAGCGGUUCGACGGUGCUUCUGGUCGAAGAUAAUAAAAUCAACCAAAAGCUCGGGGUGAAGAUGCUACAGACCUUGGGAUAUAAUGUGAUGACUGCUAACGAUGGGCAAGAUGCCGUUGAGAAGAUUGUAGCACACGAUAUGCAAAUCGAUCUUAUCCUCAUGGAUCAUUCGAUGCCGCGAAAGGACGGCGUCACCGCAUUGAAGGAAAUCCGGGCAAUGGAGCAAGAUGGGACUGUCUCCAGGUCGAGACCUUUGAUUAUGGUCACGGCAGUCGUUGGACCCGAUGCUGCUGCGCUCUGUAUAUCCAGCGGUGCUGAUGCUUUCCUCCCGAAGCCAUUGUCCCUGCAAAAGCUUGAGCUGACAUUGAAGAAAUUCCUGGGCUGAAACGCCGACAAGUGUAAACUCGACCCGACCAGCGGAGUUCAACAUUGCAGACAAAGCCAUCUUGGGUGAAAUCCCUACGGCGAUAACCCCUAUCGAUUCCAAACUCUACAGGAGCAGGGUUCAGGCACUCAUUGCGAGUACCCUUGCCAGCCAUGGCAGCCCACGCAUUGAUCGGAAUGAUAUUCUGGUGAGCAUGCGCACAUCGUAAACAGGAAUCAUAGAGGAUGGCCAAGGGCAUCAUAUUAAAGACUAGACUAGCGAGAAGUUCUAGUCAACUGGCCGCAUUGUACGGUUAGACAUAGGUACAGUAUAUUGUAUAGGUACCCCACGAGUACGAUAACUGAAUCGACGUAUCCAUGACAUCGCCCGAAAUAGCCGAA